CGAAACAACGUGCUCGGAAAUUGUACGACAGUCUCAUACAAAAAUUUGGCUGUAUUGUUAUGGAUGACGAAUCGUACGUAAAAGCCGAUUUUAAACAAAUCCGCGGCCGCGAAUUUCACACUGCAAAUAAAAGAGGCAAUGUUGCAGAUAAAUAUAAAAACAAAAAGUUUGACAAAUUUCCCAAAAAGUUUCUCAUUUGGCAGGCAAUUUGCCAAUGCGGCUUCAAAAGUGAUCCUUUUGUAAGCACUGGUACAAUUAACCAAGAAAUUUAUGUUAAGGAGUGUCUGCAAAAGCGACUUUUACCUCUUAUACGGCUUCAUAAAGAUCCAGUGCUUUUUUGGCCUGAUCUCGCGAUAUGUCAUUACGGAAAAAUGGCUUUAGGAUGGUAACAUAGAAACAAAGUGUAUUUUGUAGCAAAAGAGGUGAAUCCACCUAAUUGUCCAGAGCAUCGGCCGAUCGAAACCUACUGGGCCGUUAUGAAAUCCAAACUUCUUAAGAC